AUGGAAAUCAACACUUUUGUACCGCCGACGGAAGACAAGAUAGCCCCCUUCUCAAAGAUUUCUCUCGAUUUGGUCCUCCAAAUUACUGACUUUCUUCCAACUGAAUCAGUGAUUGCCCUUGCUCUUACGACAAAAGAUUUGUACCACAUUCAAGCUCUCCAGAGAGUCUGGAAACCAGCCAUUCGUCACUUGCCAAGUUGCUGUCCCCAAUGGAUAGCUGAAUUCUCACCGGACUGGAUCUACUGCGUUUUCUGCAAACGUCUACACUCGCGAAGAACAACUCCGAAGAUUACCAAAGACUGGUCUGAUUGGAAUCCGUGUUCAACCGACCCAUCUCGUCUUGUUUGGCUGCACUUGAAGGCCUGGGACUAUCACGUGCAAUUCGAGGACGUGUACAAAGUGAUGAUUAGAUAUCGCUGGGGUGCGCCAUAUGGCGAUGACUUAGAAAGCCUGGCCGUUGAGACAGAUUGGCAGGCUCCGACGUAUAAUCCCAGUCUCAAGGAUCCUAACGGUUAUACAAGAACACUGGCGCAAUCCCUUACAAAACUUGCCGUGAAGGCCGAGAUUGCCAACGACAAGCUCAUUCUUCAUACUGUUCAGCGCAUGUGGUAUAGUCGCGAUGUGUGGAAUACUUGCGGAGCCACUGGUCUUGGCUAUCCUCCCCUAGCUUGCCAGCAUGAGAUAGAUCCGGAUUGUCUGCAAAACGGCUACACUGUUAUAGUCCCUUCGAAGGCAUUCUUGUCUAGCAGGUUUUUCCUUCCGUGGCGGCCGAAAAUAUUUAGCCGCAUGCACAAAUAUUCGAUAAGGUAUUGCGACUAUUGUUUGAGCAGACACUUCAUGGUUGCCUGGGACCACGGUAAGACUGGUAUCGAAAUUGGACUGUACAGUUGGACCGACCUGGGAAUCUGCGACUAUGAUUUGUCUCCUGAAUGGAUGUUGGCAACGGGUGAUGAGCGUCGGCGGUAUCGAAAUCUUUGGCCAGUUCCUGAGGACAAGUAUAUCCAAGACCAGGCUGUCGAUUUACGUAAACGAAUCUCCGUGACUCAUAGUGAGAUUGGACACCCAUCUUUCAAAUGUGCAAAGCGCGAUCUUGCGUUACGCAAUCAAAGUUUGCACACGUCCAAGCGUUGA